UAUCUUAGAUACGUAGUUCUAAUCUGUGGUGUUAUUGUAUAACGAAGGUAAAUUAUCUUCGUGUGUGUAAAUUGUGUGCUGUGUAUGUUAUUAUUGUUGUUUUCUACUUGUCAAAUAUUGUGUACUCCAUCGGCGCGGCUUUAUAAUUGUAAAUAAUAUCGAUUUUGGUCGUAUUGAUUAGUGUUUUCGUUUAGUGCAGUUAAUUUCAAGGAAAAUGGGAAAUAUUCACACCGUGGGCCCGAACGAAGCGCUAAUUGUAUCAGGUGGCUGUUUCGGUUCGACAAAGAAGCGAACAAUAGUGGGCGGAUAUGCGUGGGCUUGGUGGUUAGUCACUGAUGUGCAGCGCAUCUCCCUCGAGGUUAUGACAUUGAACCCGAUGUGCGAGUACGUCGAGACAGCGCAGGGCGUUCCCCUCACCGUCACUGGCGUCGCUCAGUGCAAGAUCAUGAACGAAGACGAGCUUCUGACCACGGCCUGCGAGCAGUUCCUGGGCAAGACCGUCAAGGAGAUCAAGAUGACUGUCCUCCAAACGCUUGAAGGUCAUUUGCGUGCAAUAUUGGGAACGCUUACAGUCGAAGAGGUGUACAAGGACAGAGAUCAGUUCGCGGGUCUGGUUCGAGAGGUUGCUGCGCCGGACGUCGGUCGGAUGGGCAUCGAGAUACUGUCGUUCACGAUCAAGGACGUAUACGAUGACGUCCAGUACCUGGCUAGCUUGGGGAAGGCGCAGACGGCGGUCGUGAAGCGGGAUGCCGAUAUUGGUGUUGCACAGGCCAACAGAGACGCCGGAAUUCGAGAAGCAGAGUGCGAAAAAAGCGCGAUGGACGUGAAGUACUCGAUGGAUACAAGGAUUGAAGACAACACGAGGCUUUUCAAAUUGCAGAAGGCACAGUUCGACCAGGAAAUCAAUACUGCUAAAGCCGAAGCUGCACUGGCUUACGAGUUGCAGGCUGCGAAAAUCAAACAAAAAAUACGAAACGAAGAAAUACAGAUCGAAGUCGUUGAGAGACGCAAACAAAUCGAGGUUGAACAACAAGAAAUAAUGCGUCGCGAAGAAGAAUUGAUGGCCACGGUGCGUUUGCCAGCUGAAGCGGAGGCAUAUCGCUUGCAGGCUAUCGCUGAAGGAAAGAGAACUCAAACAGUGGAAGCAGCGAAGGCUGACGCUGAACGUAUCAAGGUCUUAGGUUUAGCCGAAGCCACCGCUAUCGGCGACGUGGGCAAGGCCGAUGCAGAACGGAUGCUCGCUAAAGCAAAGGUCUACAAACAGUACGGAGAAGCGGCUAUCAUGGCCCUCGUUCUUGAGGCUUUGCCAAAGAUAGCGGCCGAAGUGUCGGCUCCGUUGGCGAAGACCGAUGAGAUAGUACUAGUUGGGGACAACGGUGCUACUGGCGAGGUGGCCCGCCUUGCUGGGGGCAUCCCGCCCGCCCUGAAGACCCUCACCGGCCUCGACCUUACCCAGGUUCUCAAGAGACUCCACCCUACAGAAGACACUACACUUGCUGCCACAACCGCCAAGAAGAAGGAGGUAACGGCUUGUUAACGUUUUUUUUUAUAUUUUGCGAAAAAUAAAACAGAAGUGCCAUACUUGCAAUCUUCACGUGACUUUUAAUAUUUUAAAUUGUUCGUUAUAAAAUUUAAAUCAACUAAUUUUCAUGCAAUAAAUUAUAUUUCAUAGACUGUGCGUUGUGUUCAAAAUGCAUUUUUAUUAAAUUACACAUAAAAUUUAGUAUAUUAAAAUGAUUGUGACUUAGAAAACUGAGUACCGUAUGUGAAUCGUAAUGGCGUCUAGAGUUCGUGUAAUAUUUGUGAAGGAAUUUAAUUUAAAAUGUAGAAAUCGUAGUUGAAUUAGAUUUUAUACGGUAAUUGUAAUAAUAAACAAUUGUAACAUGUUUUAUCUGUGUCUGUAGUAUUUUUUCUUGUGUAGUAUAGAAGUACAAUCACAUCGAAAGUUGAUUUAAAUACAAACAUUUUUUAAUAACUUUAUCGUAUAUAACAUGUUCAAACUUGUUAAGCAACUGACUUUGUGAUUGUACUCGUGUCGUGUGUGACUUUGAACAAAUGAUCGAAUUUUCUUUAUGAUUGUUUUUUGUCUUAUUUAUUCCCCACCAAUAUAGUAGUGGGUAUUUUGAAGGCACAAAUUUGUUAAAUUUUGUAUCGAUAUAUUUAUGAUUGUGUAGUGGACCCAAUUAUUUGUGUAAUUAAAUAAAUGUGUGAAGUAAA